AGUUGCACAGUACAGACGGACAGACCUUCAAGUAGAUGAAGGAUACGACAGGAAAAGAUUGAAAAUGAAUACCAUCAGAUCAUUUAGAUCCCUGUUUUAUCAAUCCUUAUCAAUCUUUAGACUACAGAAGAACGUAUUUAACGAUAAUCAUGUUGCCUUUGUACAGAGAGUGUUAGGACUAACGGCCAACAGGAUGCUGUCAUCUGCAUCAGGACAUGCUGUAGAGAGAGAAGAGAAAAGGUUUAUUUGUGGCUACGAGGAUAUAAAGGAGUUACAUGAUGCACCUGAGAAUGUAAAAAAGAUUUUUAGGCUAGAAAAUGCAAAUCAGCGUGAUAAAAAUAAAGUAAUAAGAAGAGAAAUAAAGGAUAAAUAUGAUGGAUAUUCAGAAAGAACUGUUGCAGAAUUAACACUAAAAAUCAAUACACUGCAAAGUCAUUGCAAGAGAUUGCCCAAGGACAAGCAUAACAAAGUGUUUUUACAGUGGCUCACAGAUCAAAGAAAAAAGAAACUCAAGUAUCUAGAGAAAACCAACUUUGAAAAAUACCUUGAAGUAAUCAAAGAGCUAGAUAUACCACCUCUAGAAAGUCAGCACACCAAAUGGAACAAAUAUAAGUUCAGAAAAUUUAAACUUGGUGUUGAAGUCAAAGAAAAGAGAAGCUUUUUGGAUCGUAGAAUAAGAACAUGAGACAAGGUGUAUUUUUUUCUAUGUAAAUCUACUUCUUACCUGCAUUUGCAGAAAAGAGGAAUUAUGUGUUGGUGUUAAUAAAUCUACUUGUUUGUUGUAAAA